AUGACGACUGCCAUAUCUCCCAGACAGAGUGUGAUCAAUCCCGACGUGGAAAGGGUGGUUGAAGUAACAGAUCCAGAUUACAUAACAAAAGAGACAGAGACAGAGACAGAGUCUUCGGGAUACGACUCCAAAACUGAAGAAUAUCCAAGCGCACUCCCCUUGGCCUUCAUCACCAUGGCCGUGAUGUUUAGUGUUUUCUUAUCUGCGCUUGACCAGACCAUCGUCGGUACCGCAAUUCCCAAAAUCACAGAUGAGUUCCACAGCGUCAGCCAAGUAUCCUGGUUCGGAAGUGCAUAUUUCAUGACAUUCGGGGGCUUCCAAACGUCCUGGGGAAAGAUCUAUACGUAUUACAAACUCAAAAACUCCUUUUUAUUAUCCGUUUUCGUCUUUGAAGUGGGUAGUUUACUAUGUGGAGUGGCCCCUAAUACAAUCGCUUUCAUAUUUGGUCGUGCCAUUGCCGGUCUGGGAGGUGCUGGUAUGUCAACAGGUGCUUUUACCAUCAUCGCAUUCUCAGUUGAGCCGCGGCGUAGACCGGCAUUCAUAGGUAUCACUGGAGCGACAUAUGGGAUAUCUGCUGUCAUUGGUCCUCUGCUGGGUGGUGUCUUCUCGGAUCGUGUCAGUUGGCGAUGGUGUUUCUACAUCAACCUACCUCUUGGUGGAGUCGUGGCUGCUAUUAUUGUCUUCUUUUUCCACACACCCAGUCAGGCAAAACCCCUUCCAGCAACAUGGAGGGAACGGUUACUUCAGAUGGACCCUGUUGGGGUAAUACUCUGCAUGGCUGCCAUCAUUACUUUCAUUAUGGCCUUUGAAUACGGGGGCCAAACAAGGCUAUGGAACAGUAGUGUGGUCAUUGGCCUCAUUGUCGGCUUUUUCCUGAUCACCGCUACAUUUGUCGUCUGGGAGUAUUUCCAAAAGGAGCGUGCUAUGAUCGUACCUCGCAUGUUCAAGCAACGAUCCAUCUGGGCUGGCGCUUUGUAUCAAUUCCCCUUUGCUGGUGCAUAUUUUCUUAUUCUGUAUUACCUGCCGAUCUACUUCCAGAGUAUCCAGGACGUCAGCGCUAUUGAGUCGGGUGUUCGGAAUCUAGCUCUCGUUCUCACUAUCAGCAUAGGUGUAGCCAUGGGUGGAUUUGUUGUUGGCAAAACAGGCUGGACUGUUCCAUUCAUGGCGGCCGGGGCGGCCAUUAGUACCAUAGGCUUCGGACUUUUUCGAACUUUGGGCUUUCAUACCGGCACUGGUAAAUGGAUUGGUUACCAAAUAUUAGCCGGUUUUGGUUGUUCAUUUCCUUUUCAGAUAACAAUCAACAUUGCGCAGGCCAACGCAAGUGCUGCCGAUAUAUCGAAAGCUACUGCGACGUUGUUUUUCUUUCAAGUCAUCGGAGGAGCAUUCUCUCUCGCAGCAGCGCAGGCAGCUUUCAUAAACAAAAUCAUCAAGACUGCUUCAAGUAUCGAUCGCACCAAAAUCGUUGCUGCGGGAGCAACUCAGCUUCGAGAAGUUUUCAAUGCCGAGGAGCUUCCCAUGGUCCUUGAUGGGUACAUGGCCGGUAUCAGGGCAGCUUUCACUAUUGCCAUCGGAAUGAUGGGAUUUGCCUUUUUCGCCAGCCUUUUGAGUUCGUGGAAGAAUUUGCACGAGCAGAAAGCGGAGGACUCUGAUUCUACAAAGCCGGAUGUGAUUGUUGCUGUUGCUUAG